AUGGAUGGUCCGCCCAUGGACAUUCAGUUGGACCCAGGUGCAGAACCCAGCUGCGUCCGCACUGCUCGCACCAUACCGUUUGCCUACCGGGAUCAGAUAAAGUCCCAACUGGACAGUAUGGUCGAUGAUCGCAUUAUCGAGCCAGUCACAGAACCCUCUGCGUGGUGCCAUCCAAUCGUUCUCGUUGAGAAGAAGGGCACUACUGAGAUGCGACUGACUGUGGACCUUCGAAAGCUGAAUGAUCAGGUACGCAGACCCACCCAUCCUGCUCGUACACCACAUGACGCAGUGGCAGCCAUCGGCAAAGCCCGCUACUUCACGAAGCUCGACGCCCGACAUGGCUAUUGGCAAGUCCCUCUGUCCGACGAUGCCAAGCCGCUCACCACCUUUAUCACACCGUGGGGGCGGUACCAGUUUCUUCGCAACCCGCAGGGCCUUGUCUCGGCUGGUGACGUAUUCAACUCCCGUACCGACGCAGCGUUUGAUCGCCUCACCAACUUCGUAAAAGUGGUUGACGAUGGUCUUGUGUACGAUACGAAAGUGACGACUCAUUUCACCCACGUUCGUGACGCUCUGCUCCGCGCCCGUCAGCACGGCAUUACCCCGAGCGCCAAGAAAUUCGUCUUCGGCGUCCCAGAAGUCGACUACUGUGGCUACCAUAUCAACACGGAUGGUUACACCGUUGACAGUGACAAGACGGCAGCCAUCACUGAUUUCCCAGUACCCGUUAAUCGCACUGACGUCCGCUCAUUCUUCGGGCUAAUCAACCAGUGUAGUGAUUUCUCGCCCCGUAUCGCACAGCUCAGCGACCCGCUUCGCCCGUUGCUGAAGUCCACGAAUGUGUUCCUGUGGGAGUCGGCACACACUGACGCGUUUAACGCCGUCAAAGCUGCCCUGGCUUCUCCCCCGAUAUUGUCGUUCUUUCAGCCUGGCCGACCGCUUCGGUUAGAAACUGAUGCGUCCGUGAAGAACGGACUUGGUUAUGUUUUGUGGCAGCAGCAGGGCGACACCUGGUGCAUACUCCAAUGUGGAAGCCGGUUCCUCUCUGAUGCUGAGACGAGAUACGCCGUCAUUGAGCUUGAAUGCCUUGCGGUUACCUGGGCAGUACGCAAGUGUUCGAUCUAUCUCUCCGGUGCUCGGUUCGAAGUUAUUACCGACCACCGCCCGCUCAUCCCUAUUCUGAACUCCUACUACUUGGAUCAGAUAGAGAAUCCCCGGCUACAGCGGCUCGUCCUGAAACUUCGGCCCUAUCAGCUACACGCAACCUGGCGGAAAGGCACGGAUCAUGCUUUCCCUGACGCUCUGUCCCGCCAUCCAGUCAGCGACCCCUGCCCUGACGAUGAACUGGGUGAGAGUACUGCCUCUCAGGGCGCUGCUAUCCGUGCGUGCACGCUUGAUACGUCUGGUGGCCUGAAGUACCACGCGCUCCGCUCCGCCGCCCAGGCCGACGCUGACUACCAGUGCCUAGUUCAGUUCAUCGUGUCUGGUUUCCCUGCUAAGAGGUCCCUCAUGCCUGAGUCACUCCAGCCGUACUGGAAUGGUCACGAGCACCUCUCUAUUGACAGUGGUUUAGUGAUGAAAGGACCCCGUCUCUUGAUUCCCGUCGCUCUCCGGCAGCGUGUCUUGUCUGAUCUGCACGCAUCCCAUCAAGGAUUGACGCGCACGAAGUCCCGUGCCCGGCAGAUUGUAUUCUGGCCACGAUUGUCAGCCGACAUCGAGCAUGUUGUCCGCAGUUGUGACAAGUGCCGCCUGCACAGCGCCUCACAAUCGAAGGAGCCACUCCGUGUGGACGAUCGUGCUCCAGAUCUGCCAUUCCAGCAUUGCAGCGCCAACCUGUUUGAGUGUGAAGGCCUGCAGUAUCUGGUGUAUGUGGACCGACUAACCAGCUGGCCCUGCGUUGCCAAGCUCGGACGCACUGCCUCCUCUGCAGACGUCAUUUGGUCUCUUCGCCGCUGGUUUCCUGACAUUGGUGUCCCCGAGGUACUUACCAGUGAUGGUGGCCCUCAGUUCCAGUCCCAUGUGUUCGCUAAGUUCUGUGAUACCUGGCACAUCCGUCAUGCUAAAUCCUCUCCCCAUUAUCCGCAGUCGAAUGGACUUGCCGAGAAUGCCGUGAAAGCCAUGAAGUCGCUAAUUCACAAGACCAAUAAUAAUGGCGACCUCGACGUGGAUUCCUUUCAACGUGCGUUGCUUGAGUGGAGGAAUACCCCGAACGCCACUGGUCAGAGUCCAGCCCAAGCUCUCUACGGCCGGCCUCUGUCGUCUUUUGUGUUUGCCCACCAUUCCAGCUUUGCUCCUGCAUGGCAAACACACGCUAAUGAAGUUGACCAGCGCUUAUCACACUACCUGGAGUCGACUCAGCAGCAUUACAACCGCUCUGCUCGGUCCCUUCCUCGUCUGUCUCUUGGAGCACAUGUCGACAUCCAGCAUCCCCGGACCAAGUUGUGGUCAGCUCAUGGCUCAAUCGUAGCCAUUGGUCAGCACCGGGACUACUUGGUGAAACUUCCAAGCGGCCGCAUCUAUUGGCGCAACCGCCGUUUCCUCCGACCAAGAGUCUCUCCUACACCCCCGCCAGCGGCAGCCGUCCCUACUGUUUAUGCUCCAGACGCUGCACAAGGCCAGACACCAGUUGCCUCUAUUGCCCCUGGUGUACAUGCCCCAGCACAGCCUGCACCACGCCGCAGUCAUCGCCAUCGGCAGCAGAAUGUCCCGUUUAAUAUACAUGGGGUUGAUGGCCAGUGCAAGCAGACGGUUGGCGUCGAGGGAAGAAAGUGUGGAGAGUUCUAUGCCCCAGACGCUGUGCAUGUAACAGAUGAUGAACGAGUGAUCAUUGCUGAUACUGGUAACCACCGACUACAGAUCACUGACCAAAACUUCUCAGAGUUCAGCACUAUAGGAAUACGUGGAAUAGAAAUUGGCGAGUUCCAUGAGCCAAUUGGUGUUGUCCUAGUCAACCACAGUGUACUGGGCCCGUGCUUUGCUGUGGCAGAUAACUACAAUCAUCGGAUUCAGGUGAUGACCGUCGAUGGAGAGUAUAUCACUUCGUUCGGGUCUCAGGGCAGCGCUUUUGGGCAGCUGUGCCAACAGCAUGAUGUCACUACAGAUGCCUACGGCAAUGUUCUAGUCGUAGAUCAUGGCAAUGGACGUGUUAUGUAUCGUCAUCGACAUGCAUGA